GCCCGUCGCCCUGGGCGGCUACAGCAGCUAUGCGAAGUCCAGGCAGACGACCAUCCUUUGCUUGUUGAUCUUGCAGACCGUCGUCAUCCUUUCCCGCUGGGUGUUCCUGCUGGAUAUCCUGGGUGGAUUUAUUAUGGCCAUCGCGACAGGUUUCGGGUGGUAUGCCUACAAGGAGGAGAUGCACGGCACCUUCCUCUGUUACUGGGGUAUGAUGUGCUUCAUUAACGGCAUCUUCGAUUUCGUGAAGUUCAUUGAUUUCUGGGUCCACUCUCCCUUCCCCCUCUUCUCUGACAAUCUGCCCUUCAGCUCGAAUCUACGAUCGCUGAUCCUCAUCCUGGUUCCCGCCGUCACGCUGCCUGCGGCCGUGAUUGCGUGGUACGUCUACAAGGAUGCGGAGAAUGGAGGAGGUGGCUACGAGGACCGCUCCGAGCGCACACCCCUGCGGGGUUCCGGCGGCGGCAGCGGUCCGGGCUUGCUGGGGCCCUACGCGAAGAAAGGGAGGAGGAAUCGGAGAACAUGGAGAGAGGGAGGGAGAGAGAGAGAGCGAGAGAUACGGCGAGAGGACACGCAGAGAGAGGGAGCGGCGUGUUUCGAGCCGGUGGCAGAGUCUCAAGUGCACUUGCGCAGACAGUUUUGGCAGAAGGAAAAGUUGGAUCCAUGA